GGCUGACGUCACCGCACAUUUGACGCAUGCGCAACUAAAGUCCUUGUUACUAAGGUAACAGAGUCGGCUGUGCUAUGUACCGGUUUCCUGGGAGAGAGGAACGGGCGCGUGACGAUUCCACGAGCCUUCAUUUCAGCUUCUACUCCGCAAUCAACGCCACGGAAAGAUGAUGCUUUCACGAGCCAAACCAGCUGUAGGCAGCGAUGUACAGCAAGAAGAUAAGAGAAAGAAAAAAGGAAAAAAAGUUCCAAAACUGGAUGAGCUUCUUGCACAGAGAGACUUUACUGGAGCAACCACGUUACUUGAGUUUAAGCACCAGGUUGGGGAAAGUGAAGAUGACACAGAAUUGUGGAUUGGCUACUGUUCAUUUCAUCUGGGAGACUACAAAAGAUCUCUGGAGGUAUUUAAAGCUCUGAGCCUUCAGGAAGGGUGUAAUCCUGAUGUCUGGGUGGAUCUGGCUUGCACCUAUUUUUUCCUAGGAAUGUACAAAGAGGCAGAAGAAGCAGCCGAUAAAGCACCCAACAGUCGCCUUCAGAAUCGAUUGCUUUUCCAUCUGGCUCAUAAGUUCAAUGAUGAGAAGAAGCUCAUGGUGUUUCACCAGAACCUUCAAGAUGUCAUUGAGGAUCAGCUUAGUUUGGCAUCUAUUCAUUACAUGCGAUCACAUUACCAGGAGGCCAUAGAUAUUUACAAGAGGAUACUCCUAGAAAACAGGGAUUUUCUUGCUCUGAAUGUCUAUGUGGCUUUGUGCUACUAUAAACUUGAUUAUUAUGAUGUUUCCCAAGAGGUACUUGCUGUAUAUUUACAGCAGGUUCCUGACAGCACAAUAGCUCUGAAUCUAAAAGCCUGCAAUCAUUUCCGACUGUAUAAUGGAAAGGCAGCUGAGGCAGAAUUGAAAGGUUUGAUGGACAGUACCUCAUCACCCAUUGAAUUUGCGAAGGAGCUGAUUAAACACAAUCUUGUUGUCUUUCGUGCAGGUGAAGGUGCACUGCAGGUGUUACCACCCCUGGUUGAUGUGAUUCCAGAAGCACGGUUGAAUUUAGUGAUUUAUUAUCUCAGACAAGAUGAUGUUCAAGAAGCCUUUAACUUAAUUAAAGAUUUGGAACCAUCGACUCCACAGGAGUAUAUCCUAAAGGGUGUAGUGAAUGCUUCCCUUGGCCAGGAACUAGGCUCGCGAGAACAUCUCAAAAUUGCUCAACAGUUUUUCCAGCUUGUGGGAGGCUCUGCCAGUGAAUGUGAUACAAUUCCUGGGAGGCAGUGCAUGGCUGCUUGCUUUUUCCUUUUGCGGCAAUUUGAUGAUGUUUUAAUCUACCUUAACUCUGUAAAGAGUUACUUCUAUAAUGAUGACACCUUUAACUUUAAUUAUGCUCAAGCAAAAGCAGCAGUUGGAAAUUACAAGGAGGCAGAGGAGAUCUUCCUCUUAAUUCAGAAUGAGAAGAUUAAAAAUGACUACAUUUAUCUGAGCUGGCUUGCCCGUUGCUAUAUUAUGAACAAGAAACCAAGGAUGGCCUGGGAGUUAUACUUAAAGAUGGAGACCUCGGGAGAGUCAUUUAGUCUUCUACAACUAAUUGCAAAUGAUUGUUACAAGAUGGGCCACUUCUAUUAUUCCGCCAAAGCAUUUGAUAUACUAGAAAGACUGGAUCCCAGUCCUGAAUACUGGGAAGGCAAGAGAGGAGCUUGUGUGGGAAUCUUUCAGAUGAUUUUGGCAGGUCGUGAACCCAAAGAGACACUGCGAGAAGUGCUGAAUCUGCUAAGGAGUACAGGGAAUACACAGGUCGAGUACAUUAUCCGAAUCCUGAAGAAAUGGGGCAAAGAAAAUCGAGUACCAGUUUGAUCAUCACCCAAAAAAUCAUCCUGGAAAUAGGAAACGCAGGAUCCUUCUGACGCAGUCUUUCUACCAAAAACAAAAACCUGUAAUAAAACAGUGAUAUAUAGUUAACCCUAUAUAUUAGCUUGUGGCAUAGCUGGAACAUGUGGUGAGAUCACUUUAGGUCAUGCCAAAGACACCUGUAAAAUAGAUGUACUUGGAUCUUUGUACUUACGACUGGAAGUAUUUGUGGAACUGGAGUUUUUUUAAGAAGAGGAUUUAAACUCCUUGGAGGGAAAUAUAAAACAUGGAACUAUUUGCUAUAAUCUUGAUGGUAUAUGGACUCCAUUUUUAUUGUUCUAUACUUCUCUUUCUCUUUUACAAGAAUUCAGGAUAUGAGAAUAUUCAGGAAUUUAGGGAAUAUCACUCCCUUCCGGGGAUCUUCUCUUUGAACAGAGUUCCAGAAAUGGUUUUGUAUGUUUGUUUGUGUGUUUUUAAUCUGGUUCUUGAAAAUGCAAACUCGAUCAUUUUUUCAAUAAAAUUGAGUUACAUGGCUAA